GCCACGGCCACAUGCGUAAAUAAAUGUUUUAACCACACUUUUUAUUUUUGAAAUCCAACACUUUUUCGUGCAAUAAUGAAACCAAAAAAGUUCUCAAAGCUCGAAAAGCAAACGAAACCCAAAAGCAUCAACACACCGAAGACAAGAAAGCAGAUUCGAAAAGAAUUGCGAAAGGAGAAAAAAGCACGGAAGCACGAUUACUACACGAACCGAAAUCAAAAUGGAAAAUAUGUGUUGCUUAGAAACAAACCAUCCGAAUCGUCACCACCACUGGAAAAGAAACUUUCGAAGGACCCAAAAGAGUUUCAGGCAAUCACAUCGGACGAAAUACGUUUAAGGCAGUUGAACAAAGAAAAGCGAGAGCAAGAGAAAUUACGCAAGCAAAUGGAAGAGCAACGAAAGGAACAACUGUUAAAGGCAAACAAUGUAGAAGAUCGUAACAUCAAAAGACUGGAAAAGCAAUUGCAUCUGAAUAAGCGGAAGUCGAAAACAACACCUAAGUCAUUUCUUGACGACGGAUUAGAUUAUUUGUUGGAGGUGUGCGAUUCGAGCAACAUGCAGGCAGCCGUUGCGGCCGAACAGCAAUUUACCGAAGUAAAUGACGAUUUCGAUGAAGAUUUCCAACUUAUGGCGAACAAAACAAAGUCACAGAUGACUCGAGACACCUCUGAAUCAGAAGAAGACGACGCAACUAUGUCUGAUGGUGGAGAUAACUCGGAGGAAGAGGACCAAGCUAUGUCUGAUGAUGUAGAUGACGAGGAGGAAGACGUUGAGGCCAUGUCCGAUGGUUCAGAUGACAAAGAGGAGGAAUUUGAUCUUGAAUCCGGUGAUCCAAAGAGCAUGGAUAUGGAAGAAAGUGAGCAGCAGGAGGAGGGAAAAAGUGAUACUUGGGAAGACAUAUACGGACGGUUGCGCGGAAAGGAUGGCGAAAUUGUCACUAAUAAUGAAGCAAAGUACAUACCACCUGCCAUCAGGGCAAAGAUGGAGGGCGGAUCAUCUGAUAAAAAACGUGCAGAGACGUUGCGGAAACUGCAGCGUCAAAUUAAAGGACUUCUAAACCGCUUGGCCGAAAGUAACAUGCACAGUAUCGCCUCGCAGAUUGAAGAUCUCUACAUGAACAACAGCCGAAAUGACAUGAACGACACUUUGACUACUUUACUCUUCGAUUCGCUCGUCACCCCCGUGCUGACUCCCGAACGUUUGAUGCUCGAGCACAUGUUGCUCGUGACAAUUUUACAUGCAAACGUCGGCACAGAGGUGGGAGCGCAUUUCUUGCAAAUGUCCGUGAAACGGUUUCACAAUUUGUUUGACGAAGAAAGGCCGGUGGAGAAUAAAAUGUUGGACAACGGCGCGUCCAUCAUUGCGCAUUUGUACGACUAUAAGGUCAUUCACGCCCAAUUAAUAUACGAGAUGUUGAAUAAACUUAGUGGGCGAUUUACGGAAACUGACAUUGAAUGUAUUCUGCUGAUUUUGAAGAGCGUCGGCUUCAGUUUAAGGAAGGACGAUCCGUUGGAGUUGAAAAAGUUAAUUUUGUCUUUGCAGGAGCGAGCUAAUAACGUGCAGUCCAAAGUUCGUGAUAACGCAAGAGUAAAAUUCAUGCUCGACAUACUGCUGGCAAUAAAAAAUAAUAACAUGUCCAAAAUCCCGAACUACGAUACAUCCUAUGCGGAUCACCUAAAGAAACUGUUGAAGAGUUUCGUUCGCAAGGGCAGUUACGUUACAACGUUAAACAUAUCGUUAGAAGAUCUGCUAAAAGCGGACCAAUACGGAAAGUGGUGGGUGGUUGGAUCCGCUUGGUCUGGAAAAACGGAAGACAAGAAGGAGGCGGUCGUAAAGCAGAAGGGCUAUUCGCGACAACUUCUCGAUUUGGCGCGAAAGCAACGAAUGAAUACGGACGCGAGACGCAAUAUAUUCUGCAUCAUAAUGUCGGCGGAGGAUUAUCUCGAGGCCUUUGAGCAGCUUUUACACUUGGGAUUGAAGAACCAACAGGAAAGGGAAAUAAUACAUGUAAUCCUCCACUGCUGUUUACAAGAGAAAGCGUUUAACCCCUACUACGCGUUGCUAGCACAGAAAUUUUGCGAGUAUGAAAGAAAAUUUCAGAUGACAAUAAAGUAUUCGAUUUGGGACAAAUUGAAAGCGUUAACCGAAUGCUCGGCGUCUCAACUGUCCAAUUUAGCCAAAUUACUGACGCAUCUAUUUCUGGAGCGGGGUCUGGCGAUAUCGACGUUGAAGGUUGUACAGUUUAGUGAGCUAGAUAAGAUUACCCUUCGAUUUAUACGGCAAAUAUUGAUCGGUGUUCUACUUUGCGAAGAGGAAGACACCUGCAAGGACGUUUUUAGAAACGUCGCCCAGUCAGAAAAAUUGAAAUUGUUUCGGGAAAGUUUGAAACUAUUCAUCCAACAUUUUUUGGUUAGGAACUUGAAGUCGGAUUCCAUUCCUGAAAAGCAAAAAUCAUUGCUACGUGACAGAGCAGGAAUCGUUAACGGUAUCUUAAGUAGUAGUGCUGAUAAAAAAUUAAUUUUUUGAUAUUAAGUUUAAGCAAACACUUAUCAGUGAUAUAAAGAUAAGAGUGUGUGUAUAUAAGACGUGUAGUUGUCUACAAAGACAAUUAUUGCAAAUUGCCAAAAUGAAGGUAAUUCUAUUGAUUGGUGCUAU